CAGUGCGUUCUGUGACCGGAUCAGGUGUGUAUUACAUGGCCGAGUCCGUUAAAUAGAAUGAGCCAUGAGCCGGAUCAACAGUGUUGCGAUACCAAGUCCGUUAACUACAAUACACCUCGAUCGAACUGGUAGCCUGGUGAAGAUGGUACCUACAUAAGGGCUUCCAAGCUAAUCAUUGUUACUGACAAAUGUUUUUGUUGCGAAGUAAAAAGAAUCUAUACCGAUAUUUUUUUGUGGAUUUUGAAAUGACUCAAUUUUCGCCAAUAAAGUGAUCACUGAUACACUGCUUUAAUACUAUCUCUCACUAAUGGACUUAUGCUUGACAAAAAGACAAACAUCUCUCCCGUCAAAACAGAGAGCACUUUCAGGAAGUCCCAAUCACAUUAUUAUUUAACUCGUACAUAGUCGGUGCUAAUGAGAGUCUGGUAAUAGGAUGCGCUCGUAAUGAGGUGGGAUUAUCGCUGCGGGCGGAUUCCAUAGGUCAUAUACCGAACAAAAUAGUUUUCCUCUAUCAACGACAUUAUCCGAGUUUCUUUCGGGCAGCACCGGGUCACCGUAUUUCUAGAGACUUAAUUCCUGGGACGGUAUCCGUGGAGAGAUACGCAAACAAGGACUGAUGACAUGGACAGAGCUUGGAACUAAUGCACGUGCAAACGACAACUGGUGAGCAGGCAACCCGGAUGUUUUUCCAAGAAGUUUGUGGAUAAAAAUACCGUGCUCGGACUUAAAAGAUGUUGCUAUAGUAAAGAAAACUGACAUAAGAAGGCUGAGAGAACAACACCUCUGGUUCCAUUUCAGCGGGACGUCCCGUCGUCACAGUUAAGCAAUUUCCGGUUUUAUUGCGGCACAAGAACAUACACGUCACCCAUCAAAUGGAUCAGCGAUGGUCGUAGUCCAGGACUCAUCACCGCGCGGCCCUCCGCACUGUAGAGAGAGGAUUAUCUUGGUACCAUAUCGGUCAUGGUGUGCCGAAUCAGAGAUCCGUAUUUGUUUUAUAGGGUCCAAAGAGACUGAAACAACGGUGGGUCGUUAAUUGGAAACGUAUCCGGUUACUGCGGGUACAUCAGUUGUACAAUCACAGCAUUUGAUCUUGUGUUAGAUUUGAACGAGUUAAAAUGGAUUACUACAUACCGUGUCCCAACGAAACAUAUGGAUGCGCACGCAUUUUACAAUGCAACACCUGAUGGUAUACUGAGUCUGUGUUAACCAAAAUGAUGUAUAAUAACAUCCCAAUAAACCAAACUUCGGCAGUCAUAUAUAUACCAGAGUUUGGAUUAAUCUCCAAUGUAACGGAAGUGUUAAAUAGCACUUCGUUUUCAAACGGAAGUUUUGGCAAUGUGUCUGAUCCCUCUGGUAUUGGUGUCGGUGUGUCGCCGGUGCCGAUGUGGUAUGUACCCCGGUACAGUUUUCCGAUCUUUCUUUUCAUCGUCAUUCUCCUCGGAUUUAUGAUCAUUUCGACAAUAAUUGGAAAUGUGUUUGUCAUAGCCGCCAUUUUGAUGGAGAAAAGUUUACAAGGUGUUUCGAAUUAUUUGAUAUUGUCUCUCGCGGUCACUGAUUUAAUGGUGGCUGUUCUUGUGAUGCCGAUCAGCCUCGUGAACCAAGUGAGCAUAUUCUGGUACCUCGGUGCACAUCUAUGUGAUAUGUGGAUUUGUUUUGAUGUUUUGUGUUGUACAGCUUCCAUUCUUCACCUAGUGGCUAUUUCGCUUGACCGAUUCUGGGCAGUGUCCAAUAUAGACUACAUAAGACGAAGGUGUGCCAAGCAAAUAUGUAUCAUGAUAGCUAUUGUUUGGGUUGUUGCGGCCAUUAUUUCUAUUCCACCAAUUUUCGGAUGGAAAGACCCGGGAAAUGACCCGGAUGUCUUGGGUGUCUGUAUGAUCAGUCAGGAUCUAGCCUAUACCGUUUUUUCAACAGUUGGGGCGUUUUAUUUCCCAAUGACCUUAAUGAUUAUUUUAAAUUUAAAGAUAUAUAUGGCAGCUCGGUCUAGAAUAAGACGGAAACAUUUCAGUGGCAUUUCUCGACCUGUCGGCUGUCCUACCAUUACAAAGGCCGAGGCGACGACAAGGAAUAAUUCUUCCGGAAGUGACGUUAGCCACGAUGAAUAUACAGUGUAUAACGGGUCGUGUGUAAAUGAGGAAACCGCCAUGAAUGUUUCUGAAACAAACGGUACUGUAACGGUAAAUGGCGGCGAAAAAUAUUUAGCAGUGCCAUCAGCAGUGUACAUUGUUAACAAACCACUGACUGUUUCAAAUUCUAAAGUGAACAACAAUAAUCACAAAAGGAUUCGACAAAGAGAUAGAGAACGGACCAGAAAAGCGAAAGUUGAGAUGAAGAGGGAGAGAAAAGCCGCUCGUGUUUUAGGGAUCAUAACCGGAGCUUUCUUAGCCUGUUGGCUGCCUUUCUUUUUCGGGGCCUUAGUGGGGCCAUUUUGUGGCGAAAACUGUUUCCUGACUGCGGAUUUGAUGAGUACAUUUCUGUGGCUGGGUUACUUCAAUAGUUUAUUAAAUCCCAUUAUAUACACUAUAUUUAACCCCUCAUUUCGAACAGCUUUUCGCAAAUUAAUCUACAGGAAAUAUCGUUACCGAAGGUAACAGUAACAGUACACAUGUAUUUUGUAUUUCAAAGGUGGCGCCACCGCCUAUCAAAUGUUACUCGACUCGCGUCUUUUGAUGUUUAUUGUGAAGUGUACGUCUGUGCAUUCGAACGUUAACACUUACUAGGCGUUACUUACGGUAGCGACCCGAUGUCCGAAAUAUAUGUGUCGUCACGUGUUACCUUACUUUCUGUUACUUGUUAUUUUGUAAAACUGAUAUAAAAAACUAUUUUAUAAAACAAAGACAGAAUAGUUCUGUCAAGAUGUUGAGCAGAGACUAGCAGCUUCUCAGAGAUGUGGUUAUUUAUUAGAACUGUUAUCAAUAUAUGAAGAGAUUGAACCGCUUCCAUUGGGUGGAUUUGAAUGAAAGUGAUGACAAUUUGUUAACUGUGGUAUUUUCCCUUGUGGUGAGAACAUGGGAGCGGUUGUUUGCUUCUAGAUUUGGUAUGUCAGGGGUUUUGCGUGAAUGAUGAGUUUAGAAAUGGAAGAGAGGAUGGGGACGUUUGUCCCUUUGUGGAUGUUGAGUUUUGGUGGUUUCAAACAUUCCGGUGUGUUCGAGACCAACAAAACAAAUAGAAACUGUAGCAACUUCAAGGUGGAAUUGAUUUUUGAACACGAUCAGCACCACAGGCAGGUAUUUUUUAAAAUUAAGACUGGCUGAGCAAAUAAAAACAAAUAAAGACAACUCCACAACAGCUUAUGUUGUCGUACACCCCCUGUGAUGCCGAAUUUGAGAUCAUCAAUUCCAACCGGAAGUUGACGUAGUAGUUUAUUUAUAUGGUCUAAGCUAUUUAAUGUCGGUCGGGUCCCACAUUGGCCCUGCGGUCGGAUCCCACAUUGGCCUGGUUACUGACAGUACACUGUAUGUCAACAGAAGACGCAGUCACAGGAUUACAAAGAGACGCACUAUACUAUGUAAACGCGUCUUGACACUGUGCGAUAUUGUUAUUUGAUUUCGUUUUCUACGUCACCAAAUUCAUACGUUGCUUUCACAUCUAACGCCCAGAAGUACAUGUAUAACAUUAAGUCAUUUUUUUGUGUUUGAUUCUAGACCCCGGAAGUCCAGCAUAGAUAUCAGUGAGCAUUUCAUUUUGUAAUUAUCUUAGGGUAUAUAGACUACAUACUUACUUCAUCAAUCGUGGCAGAGUAAUGGAUUGACAUUCUUCGUUAAGUGUUUGAUAGCAUUAUUUGAAAAAAAAACUCAUUUAACACAAAUUAGAUCAGGUACUUGGACUAGCAGUCACAAUUUAUGUUGUCGUUUUACCAACCUUGGUAAAACGGACCAUACCUCUAUCAAAACAAUGUUAACUGAAAAAGUGCGACACAAGCCCCUUGUGCCUCUUUGUAUUGUUGCACUUUUGUUUAAUCAUGUAAAUAAAAUAGAAAUGAAAAACAUAUUUGUGAAAUAUCAUUGCUUAUAAUGACCGAUUCGUUUUUCGAACACAAACAAUUAUUUUAAUAAAUAUAUUCUGUAAUUAGAAUAUAAUUCAGUUUCUAGUUACUGAUGCAAUAUAUUUUCAUAAACUUUGUAAUUAAACACGGAUUUAGCACCGUUGUAUAAAAAUAGUUCUCCAUUCACAGUUGCCGGCGUUUAAAUACAGCUUUUUAUUUUCAUGGGACAAUGACCAUCUCGACUCUAUAAAAGUGUAUUUAAAUUACCUGUUAUCCUAUUUAUAAACUAUGUUUACUCGUUUUAAAACCAGACACAAACUUUGGCUACUUGCAAAUGUUAUUUAAACAAAGACACAAAAUAUGACUACAUGUUAUGUUGUAUCAUUAUACCAACAUUUGCCUUUAUAUUAUCAUUGCGUUUCCUUGGCAUGUGAAUGUGUCCCUUCCCACACUUCAGCAGCCCUCAUCCUGUCCGAGGAUACAUUGUGUACAGUAAUAUUUGCAUCUGAUGUUAUGUGAAGUGUACCACCGGGUGGAAUUGGAUGUGAGUUGCAAUUGUAUGCAUGGGAAAAUACGUAUGUGAUUUAUUGUAGAUUUUGUGAUAGUCGAAUGAUUUAUUAUUUGUUAAUGUAUAUAUAUAUAUAUAUAUAUUGAUGAAAUGAAAAUAACUGUACAUACCUAUUUUUGCAACGGAUCAAAUUUAUCAUUGUGCUGUAUACAAAUAAGAUGUUGUAAAUUCUGUCAUUACGUGUAAUUACACCAGUGCAGGCGUCCGUUCUCACCCACAGUACGUAGUGUGUAGGUGUCCUAAUUCAUAAUCAAUACUUCACGUGCGGGCGUUCUAAACCAUCAUCAAUACUUACGUUAUGUAGAGGAUACCAUCUGUAACAUAUUUCUGCAUGUUUGAGUAUCCAAAGUCAUCAUUUGUAUUUCAUAGCAGGGCACCUGAACCAACAUUCAUUAUUCAUAUGUGAGCGUCUUAAAAUGUCAAGCCACGCUUCGAAAUGGGUGUCUUACAGCGAUCGUUAUUGUGUUAUGGUCUACUUACGUUGUAUAUACUCGACAGCUUAUUGGCUAUGGUGGCAGGGCACUGAUAUUUUAUAGGUCAUUUUUUUGUUUUAUUUUUUCGACUUCAGAUCUUUGAAUCCUUAUUGUACCCUGUCUAGUGUCGAACUGUGAUAGAUAUAGGCAAUGUGGUAGGGUAUGGCGAAGGGGAAAGUACAGAUACAACAAAUGGAUACCAGAAAUUUACUAUUUAUUUUUAGAAAAUCCUGUGCUUACAAAAUUUCUGGCUGAUACGAAUCAGAACAGAUGAGUUUGGAAUUGACACUUCUCUUUUGUUUCCAACUAAACUUUUAAGGGAACAAUAUGUUUGUGAAAAUGAUCGAUAUGUGGAAAAUGGUAAACUAGUAAUUUUUGAGAUAGCAGUAUACCAUGUUUCCACAAGCAGACGACCCGGUCAUGAAUGAUUGACUGUAAAACAGGAGAAAAAGCAAUAGUCACAACAUGUUCACUAUUUGCAAUGCAAAGAUUAUUGUCUAAAAUAUCAUUUAUUUAUUAACGAAUAUUUUCCGUGUUCAUGGAUAUGUGGCUAUUAUUCACGGCAUACCAACUUUCAAGUGAUCGCGUAUACUAUCGUGUAAAAUGCGUGCACGUAACCAAUCACGUGUGACGUGUGCAGUACGCGUAUAUUAUGUCACCUGUGACGUGGACAUAGUACGGGGUUACGUUUCACGUGUGACCUGUUCAGUGCCACUCAUGUGUGACUUGUACAAUUUUAAUGUAAUCGGUCACGCGUGUCGUAUGCAACAUACAUGGCUACCCAUCACCUAACAUCCUUUGUAUGUUCUUCAUAUGUGCAACUUUCCAUAAUAAAU